CACUUUGGGUUUAGUUGGUUCCCAUCAUCUGGGAAUUCAACAGCCGCCGUUCUGUUUGGUUCUUCAUUUUUAGAGAAGAGGACGUUGCGGAUUGCUAAUGGAUACGGACGCCCCAGAAACCGGCAACCAUCAGUCGGUUAUCGACCAGAUUCACAUCGAGGAUGAGAAACCGGAGGCUCAAAAGGACGAGAAACCAGAACAGCAACUCGUCGAACCAGUUGAUCACAAACACGACAAUGCUGAUAACAAGUCUUUAUCGUCGAGAAGAUCAAAUUCAAUCGGUGUCGAAGAAAACACACACGAGACGACAGCAGAAAGCGACACUGACGUCAAACCAUCCAUUCAGGUAGAUGAAGAAAAAUCGUCCUCAUUGUCAAUGAAAAAAGAUUCUACAUCAAUUGGCAAAGAAGAGAAGUUAAAUGACAGCCGUGCAUCAUCGUCUUCAAUGACUUCGUCCGCGACAUCCAUUGAAGAGUACAUGGAUCGCUUCACGGACGCAUGGGACGCUUCCAAUUGAAGAGCAAGAUUGUGACUUGUCACCCAUUGAUGUCACGACAGCCGAGCGGGACU